AUGAACCUUAUCAAUCUUACUGUCGCAUGUCUACUUUGUCUGUGUGUCCGAUCCGCUCCCCUGGACUCGAACACAUCCAACACCAGCACCUCUAUCUCAUACCCUCGGAUCUUUGUCGCUACGGAUAUCUCCAACGAACCCGAUGAUCAAAUGUCGUUAGUUCGAUUGCUGUUGCAUUCAGAUAUUUUGUCUAUCCAAGGGAUCACGACAACAACUUCAUAUUGGCUCAACGACACCACCUACCCUGAACACAUUCUGGAUGUCAUCGACGCCUAUGAGAAUGUCACUCCCAACCUCAACGCUCAUACCGAAAGCACCUUCCCAAGUGCCGAUAGCUUGCGAUCUGUGGUGAAGGCGGGUCACUCUGUGUAUGGCCUUGCAGCACUCGAGAAUGGGACUCUGUCUUCUGGUGCCGAGCUUCUGAUAUCUGCUGCUGGCAACUCGAACGAAACCUUGCAUGUUCUGCUUUGGNGAGGUGCGAAUGUCCUCGCCGAAGCAUUGAACCACGUCAAUCAUACCAGCUCACAGAGCGAACUCGACGCCUUCGUCAGCAAACUCCAUGUAUACUCGAUCUCCGAUCAGGACGAUGCUGGGCCGUGGAUCCGCAAGAACUUUCCGCAAAUCCCGUAUAUCGCGUCAGUUCAUGGCUUCAAUAUGUACAACAACGCUGCUUGGACCGGUAUCAGUGGUGAUGUACUGUACGCUUUCGAUGCAGGCGGCCCGGAUUCAACACUUGUUGAUGACACUUAUAUCCGCAACCAUUUCCAACUCGGUCCUUUGGGUGCAAAGUACCCAGAUAGAGCAUACAUCAUGGAAGGUGACAGUCCCUCAUUACUGUCGGUCAUCCCCAAUGGCCUCAAUGUACCCUCUCAUCCCGAGUUCGGCGGCUGGGGCGGUAGAUACAUAUUGUCCGACAUUUCUGGUGCCUCGAACCAUUAUGCGGAUACCAUUGAUCGCGUGGUGGGUGUUAGCGGAAACACUCUAGUGUCCAACCGUGCCACUAUCUGGAGAUGGCGUAGCGCGUACCAAAAUGAGAUGAGUGCUCGAGUGCAAUGGUCGCUUUCUUCAAACUACAGUGCAGCCGUGCAUCCUCCCAAGAUCGUCUUGAACGGAACGACUGGCACCGAGCCAUAUCCUUUGACAGUCCGCCCUGAACAAAGUGUUGUCCUUGAUGCUUCGGCCACGCUUGAUCCAGACAGCAACUCGAGUUCUACGUUGACGUUUGAGUGGAUGCACUACAAAGACAUCACAGCCACCAACCAAUACAACGCCAAUGCACAAAUUCCUCAACUCAACUUCACUUGCUUGAACCAGGCGUGCUCGACCAUGCAGACAAAGAUGCCGAGUGAGAGCCUUGCUUGCCCGCAGACUGGCUGUCAAACUUACCAUGUUAUAUUGUGUGUUAAGGGACAGAGUGCUACGCCCAUCACAAGGUAUAGGAGGAUUAUCUUUGAGAUGCAAGAAGCUUCGGGGUAG